UCUUACAAGUAUACAACAUACGUAGAUCAAUUUUGGUCAAACUCAUAUAAAAUCGUAGAUUUUUAGUUUGAGUCGCUUUUAGUCAAUCUGUAGAGAUAGCAAAACUAUUUAGUAUUUCUAAAUAAAUUUUAAUAGUGGUAUUACUCUGAUACUUCAAGUCAAGUCAAUUUUGGCAUUUUGCUAAACUGAGCCAACUCCACCUUUUUUUUUUUUUUUGAAUAAGAGCCCACUCCACCUAGUAACCCUAAACAUACAUGAUCCAUCUUUAAUCUUAAACCUCCUUAAACCCCACCAAAAUAAAACCCCCAAAAAUGGCUGCAACUCUUUCACCUUCUUCCUCAACCUGCAACUGCCACCUCCUCAACCCAGCACUUUUCAGUGGCUCCUCUUCCAUUUCCCGCCAAUUCAUCAACUACCCACUUCAGUUCUUCCCUAAAGGUCGGAAGUUUCCAUUGUUCAAAAAACACAAAUUUGAAGCAAAAAUUAAGGCAGUAAAUGGGGCGAAGGCAUUCAAUACGACAUCAUGGGAUGAAAAACCCUCUGAAAUACUGCCUGAUGGUAAAAGGGUGUACUUGGAUGAGCAAGAUGUUGUCACGUUUCUCGACCCUCCUAAAGAACUCAUUCCUUUAGACCCUUCUUCUUACAAUCCUGCUUCAUAUCUCUGGAAGAAGAUUUCAGAAAUCCCAGAAGAAAGAAGGCAUCGUUUACUAUACCUCCUGAAUCCUAGGCUUAUAUUGGCUGCUUGGGAGGUUGCUGGAGGGCGCUACAAUGAUGCAAAGUUAGCUAAGAUGAGCUCUUCUAAUUUGUUGUCUGGUGAAAAUGAUGCCUUGUCACUUGAAUUCUGGAAUUGCCGUAAAAGUGGAGGUUUCUAUCUGGCUUUAGCAUUUUUUAAUGUGCUGAUUGGUAUCUUGAUUCUUAUUGUGACUUGGGAGAAUUUUUUGACUGCUUUUCGAACAAUAAAUAAUAGGUCCAAUGCCUUUUGGAUUAAUCAAAUAUUUGCAGAUGGUGUGUCGCCACUGGCUCGAAUGGCAACAUCUUCCAGUCCACUGUAUUUUACUGUAAAAGAAGUUAAUGAAGUAAUGCCUACUGAUCAGCCAUGUGAUUUAGCUUAUGAGUUUGGGGAUGGAUUAUUGAAUCUCCAUGAUUAUCCAGAAGGUUUCCCAAUGCCAGCAAAACAUCCAUGGCCCUUCAAUGAUCAGGUUGUCAUAUAUGUCCGUCAUCUUGGACCUGGGGUUAUGGUUGGACAGGUAUGGCAGGAGGGCCUAGCAUUGGAACAAAUACCCAAGAAACUUUGUGGUGAAAUCUUAAUGGUGAAAGAUUAUACUGUGUCUAAUGGAGAUGAUAGCUAGAUGUCAGCAAUACUGGAUACUCUGAUGGCAAAAGAUUGUUGCUUCUGGAUAAAAUCCGCCUGUAGAAACUGCAGCUUUUUAUCUGUUUCUUCGUACCCUUGAGCAUGCUGACCAUCUCAGAGUUGUAUGAAGGUUGUUGUGAUGAAUGUGGGUUGAAUGAAGAGUGUCAAUAUCAAGUUUAUAUUGUAUGAUACAAAGGAAACCUACUUACACAGUUACACCCUUGCAAAAGGCAUCAAUUUUGUUGCUUUUUGUACCUUGUAAGUGUUGUAACUCAAUGUAGCCUUCCAACCUUCAUGUAUGGCCUCUCUCCAGUGAUUCAUGCUUGAUUGAUAUGCAAUUCUGUCAGUUUUUUUUUU